AUGCGCGCGCUCUUCUGCGUGCUACUCCUUUCCCUUGUGGCCUUUGCCGCUGCAUGGACGAAGGAAGAUCAUGAGAUAUUUGACCUUGUCAGUGCCCUAGAGGGUGCAGAAGGCAAAGGCACGACAUUCUACUCAUGGCUCAACGUUUCGUCAACGGCCUCAAGAGAAGAACUCAGCAAGGCCUACCGCAAGCUGAGCAUGCAAUUACACCCGGACAAGAACCCAGGUGUCAAGAAUGCACAUGAACGUUUUGCCAGGCUUGGUGUCAUCGGUAAAAUUCUGCGCGAGAAGGAAAGCCGUGCACGCUAUGAUUUUUUCUAUAAGAAUGGCGUUCCACGUUGGCGUGGUACUGGCUAUUACUACUCGCGCUUCCGGCCGGGGCUCGGCACUGUCCUUGUGUUUUUGACAAUACUCUCCUCGAUCCUGCAAUACGUCUUCCAGAAGAUGAACUACACGCGCGACAUCGAGCGUAUUGAGCUCAUAACCUCUCAGGCAAGAAAACUUGCCUGGGGAGAGCGUCUAACGCCCUUGAGCAAUCGUCGCAGGAUCAAGGUUCCCCUCGGUGGCCCUCCCAGAGUCGAUGAAGAUGGCAACGUUCUUAUGGGGCGGGCGCUUGAUAUGGUUGUGGAACCCAAUGGGGACGUGUUCAUUGUUGAAGAUGGUGGCCAUCUAACCCAGCUUGAUAACUCUCAUGCAACAUCGCCCUCCAUCUCGGGGACAUGGGCCGUGUCGCUCGCGCGUCGGGCUUUCACCGUAGUACGCGAACACAUCCAAGGCGUUUCGGCCGCGGCGACGCAGGAAGGGGCACAGGAUGAACGUCCGGACACGCCCGGGUCGAUGGGCAUGGAGGACACGCCGGAGCAAUCCGAUGCAUCCGACGCGCCGAAGGCGGUUAAGGCGAGCGGGCGGAAGAAACGAGCGGCGCGUAAACGCGCUUGA